AUGAUGCAAAAAGGCUUUAUUUGUCUUCUGAUUACUUGGAACAUACCACGUUUUUUCUCAGAAUACGGUAAGUAACUUUCUAAAUAUUCUAAUAGAAGAAAGUUUCUUUUGUCUGACAAUAGGUUGUUCGUACUUCAGGUGUUUCAAGUUUCUCUAACAGUGUAACAAUAAACCUUUAUUUCAGCAGCCGCAAACCCCCUUCAGUACCCACUGGGACGUAGAGCUGUGUUACCAUGUCAGCGUGAUAGAUGUGAUGGCUGCACUUUCAGAUGGUUUUACAAGAAGAACGAGCAAAGUGACAAAGAGCAAAUACUACAUCGAGAUGAGAAAGGAUUUGUACUCUACAAUCCGAAGUUUCGCCCUAAAAUGGAGCUCCUAAAAAACUGUUCCCUGGUCAUCGAUUGUCUAACAGAGAAGGAUCAAGGUACUUAUUUGAGACAAAUUUGUUUUCAAGGUCGAUGUCAAGAGGAACAACUCACAGUCAGCGGUAUAAAAGAAGGUACGCACAAUUAUAAUUUUCAUUAUUUGUCCUCUUAAGUGAGCUAUGGGUGCUUUUAGUGUUAUCAGAUGCCAAAACCCAUCCUCUGUUCAUAUAAGUUUGAUGCUUAAUUCAUUUAUCAAAUUUUUUUUUUGUAUUUUUUCUUUCAGAAAAUCAUAAAGAAGCUCAAAAGACAGUCUACGUUCUAGCAGGAGGAAAUUUUACGCAUUCAUGUCCAGAUGAACGACUUCACUUUAAAUGGACUUUUGAAGCCAGUAACAUGACUGCAGACCGAGACGGGGCUCGACAGCAACAAUCAUAUUCAGUCACUUCCAAAUCUAUAAAUAUUUCAAAUGUCACAACAAAAAAUGCUGGCAAAUAUACGUGCUUGACAUCCAGAUGUCAUGGAUUUUGGGAGAAGCAACUCACCAUCAAUUUGUGCGUGAUUACAGGUAAGAAAACAACCUCAUAUUUACAAUGAUUUCUUACUGUUUUUGAUGGUGUAACUAUUUUUGAUGGUGUGAUUAUUUUGCCAGUUCAUCGCAAAGAGGAUUCUUUGGUAUCUUGUGCUGUGGAGUGUGACAGAGAAUCCAGCGUCAUCGAACCAAACGGCACAUCAAUAAUUACACCGGUGCUUGGAGCCCCAAAAGGGUAUCUAAACUGCACACCGAUGCAGGUUUUUGUUGGGUAUGAAGAGGUUAACAUCGCUAAUAGAUCUGCAAAUGUUCCAAAGACCACAAUGGGUGGGUGAUUCUGCUACAAAGUCUCUUAAAAAAGCUCAUGACCUCAAUAGAAGAUUACCAACUCUUGCGCUUUUGGUUUGCAGACACAACGCCAGCGCUCAUUCACGCUGUUUAUGGAACGUCAAUAGCACUUGGAUGCCUUAUUUUAAUGGCUCUUUUGAUUUACUUCAUUGGACCAGGAGGUAAGAUAUGUAACGGUAUUAUUUUUAGAAGUUGUGCUUUUUGCUUUGAAGGUCGCACCAAGGAAGUCAACUUUACUCUGAUUCUGUUUCUAUCUCUUCAAAGUGUUUCCUAUUCAGCUUCACUGCUGUGGCUUGCAUCACAGGGUAAGUUUUAAUUCCUGGUUUAUGUCAUUAACUUAAUCUGCAAUUCUGCAAUUAACUUACACGUGUGUUGUAUUGUUUGGUAAAUAAAUCUUUUACCUCGUAUUGCAGAUGGAGGAGGAGAUCUCAGUGAUUUAUUCCUCUCUUCUCAUAAGGGGAUCUGUUGACGCUACAAACAGUCCCAGGGCUAAUGAUGAUGGUUGUGUUUACAGUGAAAUAAGGAUAUAAAGAAAAACUCUCAAUUGAAGCUGCUCUCUUGACAUCGCAGUCCUUACACUCAGUCAAACGAUGAUGGUUUGUGUGCACCUUCAGGAAAUUAUUUGUGUUCCCCACAUGGAAACUUCGAAGCAUUAAGUCAUUUAUAUUUAUAGACAUUUUCCUCAGAGUGCAGUGACUGAUGCAGCCGACAAUAAAAGAGCAAUAUGAAUUCUCCAUGCAAUUAAAGGAAUACCUUUUAAGCCUGUUUCCUUACCUAAUCACACAGAUAUAUCCUUGUGCUUGAUGAACCAUCAAGAGAUACGCUUGAAUAGGACAAAAUAGACAUUAGUUUAAGAGCGAUCUUGUUAGUCUCUGGAACAGAAAUAGAUUAAAGCGCUCAUCUGGAUCUCUAGAAGUGCACUUUUAAAGCAGUAAAAAAUAAUACAGAAUAAAAAAUACCCAGAUACCACACUUAAUUAAUCUUUUGAAGUUCAUAUAUCAGGAUUUUGUUUUCAACUUCAUGCUCACAAUGGGCAUAUUAUACUUUGGACUUGGUCAAGCUCUUACUAAAGAUUUUCAGUUUGUGUAGAUUUUGAUGACUCACAUUGACAAAGUGGCACCUCUGUUAUAUUUGCCGAUCUAAAUCAUCCUGCUUUACUUCUAACACGCAAACACAUUACUCAUUGUGACUCUUUUCCAUAGAAAAAUCUAGAUAAAUGGAGUUUCGGUGUUUUCCUGCUGUGUGGUGGUUGCAGUUUGUGGCCUUAAAAACAGCUAACUACAAAAGUCACUGUCACUCCUGAUGGUCUUAUCUGCCUAUUACAGCUCAUAAAGAAACAUCAGAGUAAUUUCAGUCAGUUUCAUAACCACCCGAAGUCUCCUCGCGGGAGUUUUAACAUUUUCAGAUUUAAAACAAAACUUAAGAAGAGCUGAACCUGAAGGCAGAGAAAAAAAUCACCUAAGCCUCAACAUACAACAAAAGUGUCAUGUUUUGUGUUUUAGUUGGCAUGAGUUAGUGUAAAGAGGAGAUGUGGUUGAGGCAUGGGGAAAGUUUUAACUCUACCCUUCCAUUGAUAACAUUUGAUUCAUAUGAUCAUUUCAGUGUUUAUCCACUUCCUCCCUAUGCUGCAUGAUAAUUUUAAAUGACAAAAACAAAUGCAUCUAGUUUCUAGAGAAAAACACUGUACAUAUUUUAAGUUAAAUAUUUUAUUAGUUUUUAAAGCUCUUAAUGGUCUUCGUCCUUCUUAUUUGUCUGAUUUGCUUUUACCGAAUGAGCCUAUUAGAGCCCUCAGGUUUUCAGGUAGUGGUCUUUAAUUGUUCCCGAAGUAAAAACUAAAACAUACGGUGAAUCAUUGUUCCAACAUUACGGUCCCUAUCUGUGGAACAGCCUACCUGCAGACCUGAGAGCGACACCUACUGUUCAUAUUUUUAAAAGUAAACUUAACACCUACCUUUUUAGUCUGGCUUUUAGUUGAAUUCUGUUUUAAUCUGCAUUAUGUGAUUUUACCUUAUUUUAAUCCGAGAGUAACUAUUUUUUGUUUUAUUACCUCUUUUUUGAUUUACUUUCUUUUAUUGUUUGAUUUUAAGACUGUUUUAUUUAAUCAACUUUUAACGUUUGAUCAUCUUUAUUAUAUUUAAUCAUGGUUUUAUUGUUUUAGUCCUAAGAUAGCGUUUCCUCAGUCAUCUGUGGCAAGUUGAAGAGUCCUCACCUGGUCGUUUGUGUAUACAUCUGUGUGUGUGAGCGUGUGAGUGUUUUAUGUGUUGAAUGGGGGUUGGGAGGGUGGGCAGGGUUUGGUAUUUGCAUUUCUAUUUAUUUUAUUUUAUUGUUUUCAAUAUCCUGCUUGAAUUGACCGCACUUUAUGCUACAUUAUAUGUAUGAAAAGUGCUUUAAAAAUAAAGUUUGAUUGAUUGAUUGAUUGAUUGAAUAUGUACAAUUUGGCACUUCCACUAGUAACAGUCUGGUUAUGGCUGGCAUUAGUAAGGUCAAGUCAGGAUGCAGUAGUUGUUUUUUUAUUUCUUUAAAUAAGUCUACUUUAAAAGGGGUGCAAUUUUCACUCAUUAGGCAAGAAAUCAAAUCAGAUUGUUUUCCAGUAGGUGGCAGUAGAGUACCUCAGAGCUAAAUGAUCACUGCUAAACAGGGAGAGAAGAAGAAGUCCUUCAUUCACUGUCGUCGAGCUGCUAAAUUCACUCUUUCACUGAUAGCUGACGAAACAGUUUAGACUUUACUUUGCUUUUUAUUUUCAAAAAUAUUUAUCACCACCCUCAAAUAACUUAAAAUUUAAAUACUGGACAGAUUUACAGAGGAGACACACUUUACACAGGGGCUAACAGAAGAUAGCUUACUCUGCUAAGCUAGCUGCCCGGUUAGCUUUAGCUGUAUGUUGAAUGAAUAAAACCGCGAGGACCAGUUCGAGUCCCGGUUCUGACUGUGGAGGUUAACACACCGGUACCGACCCAGGAUUUCACUGCAGGUGAGCAGCUUUCUUUAUUGUCCGGGGUUAAUUCACAAACUUCCGUUUCAAUUGAAUUGGCAUUAGCUAGCUUUAUGUACUAACACUUGAAACGACGUGUCUGAACUCUGUUAACUGUCAUUUAAGAGGUUAUUAUUCAAUAAACCUGGCAUAUUUUCCUCCCACAGACAAACACUGA